UCUUUCACCCACAAAAGGGUUUUUUCUUUUCUUUCCUCCAUCACAUUCUACACCAAAAGUCUCAACAUUUUCUCUUGAUUUUAUAUAAAUAGCAAAAAAAAAACACAUUGAUUGUAGUAAUGGCCGAGUUAAAGAGUAAGUUAAAUAAACGUCACGCCUUCACAAGCAAAUGUGCAUCCUUGGUGAAGGAGCAACGAGCUCGUCUCUAUAUUCUUCGUCGUUGCGCUACCAUGCUUUGCUGCUGGUACAUACAUGGCGAUGAGUAAUGAGAUGACUCUCAUCCUUCAAUAUAUAAUACACAUAUAUUAAUAGAUAUCUCAAUGACCCUAUUCGCUAGUUCUUGAAGCUCUCCUUUGGCUUCUUUGCCAUUUCAACAAAAAAAACUUCAGUUCUCUUUCUGAUUUGUUAUGACGCAAACUCUUUUACAUUCCAUCUCAUUUUUUAACCUAUAAAGGAUCAAUCUUUUGUCCUUUAGGUUUUAUUUUUUGGUUUGCAUCAGACAAGAGAGAGAGAGCAGCAAGAGAUGUUUAUCUGCCAAUCAAGCCAGAGUGUUACUGUGUCUGAAACAGAGAAGCUAGAGAUGCUGAUUCUGUAAGGAACUGAAGA